AAGUCCUUUUUGGUAAUGGCCGCGACUGGGUCAGGCAUGUGUUGUAGUGUGUAGUCGUGCUUCCUCUGUAUUCGUGUCGUCCUGUGUCCGUGUGAAAAAUAAUGGGUAAGGCAAAAGUAAGAAAGCAUAAAACUCGGACCAGUAACCCCAUUGGGGUGCCGAGUAAUCGAGAUAUGGAAGAACAGGAACUUCACGUUGACGACACUGAAAACUCCGUCGACGAACUUCGUGAAAUGCUCCAAGGUGGCAAUGUGGAAGAGCGGGAAUGCGCCGCUUGCAUCAUGGCCAACUUGGCCAAAAACUCGGAAUCAUGCGGGUCACUCGUGGACGCCUCUGUCAUCAGGACGGCGGCUCCUUUACUCAUGGACCCGAACUGCGCUGUCCGUCACUCCAUAGCGGGAGCGCUAAGGAACAUCAGUGCAAUAAACCACGAAGCAUGCAGUGCCCUGGUGGAGUAUGACGUCAUGACUCCUCUGGUGACUUUGCUAAAAGAGUACAACUGUGACUGGCAGCCUGCUGAAACCAAGGGAAAGAUCGACUCAAAGUCAGAAAUAUUCUGUGAAGCCGUCCACUUGCUGUGGAACCUUUGUGAGAGCAGUGUGACUUCAGUGUCUAUAUUCAACAAAGAAAGGCUGUGGAGUGUUCUGCUACCUUGCCUGGACAUCGCCAAGUAUGGAGCAAACAUUGCCAUUGCAGUUGGCCAUUGCCUGCAUGCUGUAUCAGAAGACAAUCCAGAGCUGGCCGAAAACAUAGGCAACCUCAAUGGGCUAGAGGGUGUUUUUCAAGAUCCCUCUUAUGAUCCAGCACACAUACUGCUUAAGGUUCUAGCAUCAGGAAUCCUUCUAAAUCUUUCCGAAACACAGGAGGCAACAUCUGCUUCGCCGGCAUUGGUAGUGUCUGUGCUUGUGAGCGCAUUGUCAUUGCCCGUCCUUGAGGACAUCACUAGAUUGUCACACAUUGUGACAGAGGUCAAGGGCUUUCUGAAGAAGAAAAACAUUGACACACACUUAGUUGAAGAGAAGGAGCAAGAUCUUGAACAGUGCCUCACUGUGGUGUCAAACACCUUGACGGCAAAGCAAAUUGCCUUGGAAAUUUUGUCCAACUUGUGCUGCUCAGAAGAGGCUGAAGAUGAUCAGGUAGACGACAGUGACGACAGUGCUGAGGUGUUUACUGGAGAAAUGGAUGCCGAGGACGCCCCUGCAGUGUUUCCACUGAACAUUUCAUGUGAUUUUCAUGAAAUCCUUGUGGCGCAAAACAUAAUUUCUAGGGUAACGGACCAUGUGAACAACCUUGACGACAGGAUUUCUACCAAUCUUUUCGAACACAAGCUUGCUGCCGCUGUGCCAAAAAGGGUUCAUGCCGUGAGGUGUCGUGCCUUGCUGUGCAUCGCUAACUUGGCCCAGUCAUUGGAUCCUCAGGAUCUUGGAGGACCGGCAGGACUAGUCAGCACUUGGACUUGUCUUGCUCAGAUGGCAUUUGUUAACAUGAAUCCCAAGGACUUUGAGUUUUUGGAGGCAAGCACAAGUGCUUGCCGGUCUGUGCUUCAAGCUCUAGCUACGGCCGUUGAGAGCGGCAAUGUUAACGGGGCUGCUCUGCCCAAUAUGUCGGAUGAAGAGCUGAGAGUUCUGUCUCAGGUUGGCUUGCAGUGUACAGACGGAGCAGUGAGAACCAAUGUCACCCGUAUUAUGGCAACACUGGGGUGCCUGUUCGGAGGAUCCCAACCCGACGUGCUCAAGAAAGUGGGACAAUAUCUGCUCGAAGUGGCUUCAAAAGAUUCCGACAUUACAGUGGUGACAGAAGCUCUCGAUGCCACCUUUGACGUAUUUGCUGAAGACUCGACCGACCAGACGGCUGUAGAAAUUGAAUUGGUACCCAAGUUGAGGCUGGUGCUGCCUGCCUUUAGAGCUAAGGUCAACCAAAUGAAGAAAUCGUUAGGAAAACACUACCCCGUCGUCAUGACAGCCAAGACAAACUUGGUGCGUUUCCUGAAGUACAAAGAUCAGCGGGAGCACACACAGAAUAGAACAGCAGCACCCUGAAGCGGCUGAGAGUAUUUACAGCAGAUCCUACAAAAAUGAAAUAAACAAAGGUUUUAACA